AUGCCAGUGCUCGACUCGGAGAUCCCGCCCAUUCCCGCCCCUCUCCACAUCCGCGUCGACCCUCACUGCGGGCGCAAAUACCACGCCUCUCGAGCCUUGCCAGAAAACACAGACCUCCUCGGGAGCUGCGGCCCCUACUCGUACACGAUCUGGAAGCGCUUCCGGAACGAAGUCUGCGCAGAAUGCUGGCGCUACGACGGCGGGCGGCGAACCUUCCUCACACUGCGCGAUGACGAGGGCCUUGGCGGGCCGAUGCCCAACGGAGAUGCCCAGAGAUCGAGCACCACUGCGGGGCUCUGGUUUUGUGAUUCGAGGUGUCAGGGCGAGUGGGUGGCCAGAGAAGGCGUCGAGGCCGUAGAUCUUCUCAGGCAGCUAGAAGCAGCGCGGAAGAAGACCUCCCCAAAACCCAAAUCGGACGCCGGGGGGCAGCAGCCAGCGGAGGGCGAGAUCACGCGUGAGGUUGCCCAGCGGGCGUGGGACGUGGUGCGGGACAAGGAGAGGUCGCCGAAAGAGGUGCGGAAGUGGCGGACGUUGCAGCUCGAGGACUACGAGGCGGACAUGGCCAGAUACGUUCUCCUCGCGCUGUAUAGGCGCCACCGCGAGCAAUACAGAAAUCGUUCGACAUCGCGUAAGGACAGCACGCCGGGUCCUCAGUCCGAGGAACCGACGACAGCGACUGACGAUGAGCCGUCCGGGUGGCAGACGUUCGCCUCUCUGCAGGCGAACGAGCUGCAACUGCUGAACGCCUGCCCCCAGAUCCUGCAGCACCAGACACGGAUCUAUCAGCUUCUGAAGGGCCUCCUCGGCUCACGCGCAGCGGAACGCAGCAACGGCGCAUGCGAAGAGCCGCACCUGGCGGACCUUGUCACGAUUGCCAACGUGCGGACCAUCCUGAGCGUCGACCCGGGGAACGCCUUCGGGAUCUGGGAGGUGCCGCUCAUGGAGGAAAGCGAGUGUUUGGGAUUCGCGCUGUAUCCGGUGCCUUCCUUUUUCAACCAUCACUGCGCCGCCAACGUCCGCAAGGAGCGGGAUGGACGGGCGCUGCGUUUCGUGACGACGCGCGCGGUGGUAGCCGGGGAGGAGCUCUGCAUAAGCUACGGGCACGUCGAGGCGAUGGACUGGGCCACCCGUCAGAAGGAGCUCCUGGAGGGGUGGUAUUUUGAGUGCAGGUGCGGACGGUGUACAGCGGAGGGAGAAGGCGCACACUAGUGAGAGAAGCCCGACCUAGGAAGGGCUCACAUUGUUUUUAUCAAGAAUGUUAACAUCUG